AUGGAUGUUCAGUUCAAUAGGUUGGCAGAUGGUUAUCGUAAUUUUUACGAGAAUGAAGCGACCUUCUCCUACCUAGAUAACGCCGGCGAAGUUCAAACCACCAUCAUCUUCGACCUAACGAAGGGCAAAAAAGCCAUCAUUUUUGCGAUCCCGGGAGCCUUCACACCAACCUGCUUGCAGAAGCACGUUCAACCAUCAGCAGAGCUAAAGGCGAAAGGCGUGGACAGAAUCGCGUGCGACGCAUUCGUGAUGAAGGUGUGGAAAAAAGACCUCCUGAAAAUCAACGACGAAGUUCUGUUACUUUCUGACGGUAACAGAACGUUCAAGAAGGCCAUUGGGUGCGAAUUGAAUCUGAGCGCGGCUGCCAGGAUCCAGGGGGUGCAGCGUUGA